GGGCUGACGCGGGCUCGGGACUUGUGCGGAGCGCCGCGAGCGCGGCGGAGGCAGAGGAGCGCUGACUGCCACCUCCAGCCCGUGCGGGAGGGACAGCACGCGCUGCGCAACGGGGACCGUUCUCCUUGGCCGCGGCUCAGGGCUCGCGGCGACCACCGCCGUUGAAGCUGCGGGAGGGCAGCCGUGAGUCUCCCGGGACAGCCAGCCCCGGCGGCUGCUCCUCCCGGAUGCCAGGGCCAGGGCGCCGGGCGGCCGCCAGCAGGAGAAUGAAGAGCUCGGUGGGAGGAAGGAGAGAAAAGCUCCUGGGGGCGCCGAAAGCUCAGCACAGCCGCGAUUUCACCUGUGUACACGAUGGCGAGAGUGAGGCUGAAUUAAUACCUGAUGACUUUGAAGAAAAACCAGAAAGAGAAAAGAAACAUACCAACUUUACUUUGUGCAACGUAUGUAACAUUCAGCUGAAUUCGGCCGCUCAAGCACAAAUCCACUAUAAUGGCAAAUCACAUCAAAAGAGAUUAAAACAACUCAGCAACGGGAUGCUGAAAAAUGACAAUGGUGGUACAUGCCAGAGUCCUGCUCUCCCGGCCCUUGUCCGUCCACCAGCCCCUCCUCUGCAACCAUCGCUGGAUAUUAAACCAUUUCUUCCUUUUCCUCUUGACACUGCAGCUGCAGUCAACCUGUUCCCCAAUUUCAAUGCGAUGGACCCGAUUCAGAAAGCUGUAAUAAACCAUACAUUCGGGGUUCCUCUUCCCCAUCGAAGAAAGCAAAUCAUAUCAUGCAACAUUUGCCAGUUGAGAUUUAAUUCUGAUAGCCAGGCUGCGGCCCACUACAAAGGCACGAAACAUGCCAAGAAGCUCAAAGCACUGGAAGCCAUGAAAAAUAAGCAGAAAUCUGUAACUGCCAAGGACAGCGCAAAGACUACCUUCACCUCCAUCACUACCAAUACCAUCAAUACCAGCUCUGACAAAACAGAUGGUACUGCAGGGACACCAGCAAUAUCAACGACGACAACUGUGGAAAUCCGCAAAAGCAGUGUUAUGACAACUGAGAUCACCUCUAAAGUGGAAAAAAGCCCAACGACAGCCACUGGCAAUAGCUCAUGUCCUUCUACUGAGACCGAGGAAGAAAAGGCAAAACGGCUUCUUUACUGUUCGCUAUGCAAGGUUGCUGUCAACUCCGCCUCGCAGCUGGAGGCGCACAACAGUGGUACUAAGCACAAAACCAUGCUGGAAGCCCGGAAUGGAAGUGGCACUAUCAAAGCCUUUCCUAGGGCAGGAGUGAAAGGCAAAGGACCUGUUAAUAAAGGAAAUACAGGCCUCCAAAAUAAAACAUUUCACUGUGAAAUCUGUGAUGUGCACGUCAACUCGGAAACACAACUUAAACAGCACAUUAGCAGUAGAAGGCACAAAGACAGAGCUGCUGGGAAGCCCCCGAAACCUAAAUACAGUCCUUACAACAAACUACAGAAGACAGCACAUCCACUGGGGGUAAAAUUAGUAUUUUCAAAAGAACCUUCAAAGCCAUUGGCGCCACGAAUUCUACCAAAUCCUCUAGCAGCUGCAGCAGCUGCAGCAGCAGUGGCUGUGAGUUCCCCCUUCAGUCUUCGAACUGCUCCAGCAGCAACACUGUUCCAGACUUCUGCUCUUCCUCCAGCACUCCUGCGGCCAGCUCCUGGACCCAUUCGGACCGCCCACACUCCUGUGCUGUUUGCUCCUUACUAAAUUCCAAAUAGGAGUAAUUGUACUGCAAUAAUUUUUCAAAAAACAAAAAACAAAACAAACAAA